UCUAUAUAUAUCCUAAGUGGCCACUACAGAGCCUCCAUUAUUAGCCAUAGCAAAGCUAAACUCAUUGCAAGUCGUAUAUCCUUUCCAGUUCCUUCUUCUUCUUUUUUUCACAGCUCACAAUAUUCAGAGUUAGUGCCUUUCUUCUCUUCUUCUUCUUCUUCUUCUUCGUCAUCAUCUUCUUCAGUUGAGGAUGGUGGGCAAGAAGGCGAAGACGGCGAUGGCGGAGGUGGAGGUGGAGGAGGAGGUGAUGAUGGUGUCCGGCGGCGGCGGAGGCGGUAACAAGAAGAAGAAUAUGAGUGGUGAUGAUGUAAGUAGGAUGAGGAAGGGGCCAUGGACGGAGCAGGAGGACGUCCAACUGGUCUGAAGCGCACAGGCAAGAGCUGCCGUCUCCGGUGGGUCAACUACCUGCACCCUGGCCUCAAGCGCGGCCGCAUCACCGCCGACGAGGAGCGCCUCAUCCUCCAGCUCCACGCGCAGUGGGGCAGCCGCUGGUCACGCAUCGCCCGAAGCCUCCCCGGCCGCACCGACAACGAGAUCAAGAACUUCUGGAGGACGCACAUGAGGAAGAUGGCGCAGGAGGCCAAGAAGAAGAAGACGCCUGCUUCGUCGGCGGCGCCGACCUCGUCGUCCGGGUCCUUGUUGUCGUCGUCGUCGCUCACCUCCUCCUGCUCCGCCUCGGCCUCGGCCUCUUCCAACAACGGGACGGUCACGACGGCUACGACGACGACGACGACGACGACUUCCUCGGCACUCACCAGGGCGCUGCAAGAAAGCAACAGCGGCGGCGACGACGACGCCGUCGACCAGCUGGUGGCGGCCACCACGCCGGCGAGCCACCACCACCACCAGCAGCAGGAGGAGCAGAUGGACUACACCAUGGACCAGCUGUGGAACGAGAUCGCUGCGGCCGAAGCCGAGAGCUGGGCAGCUGGCUGCGGUGGCCACGACGCCGCCGCGGCGGCGAUGGCCUCGCCGGUCUGGGAUCAAUACUGCACCGACGACUACUCGCUGUGGAGGAUCGACGACGAGGAGUACUACAAGAAGAUGCUCGAUGCCUCACAAUAGCACUCAAAGCAAAACAACGCCCGAGAUUAAUUUCUUGAUCGAUCUGCUCUUGUUUUAGCUUAGCUGACGACGACGACUAGCUCUGAUGAACUCGAUCUAUAUUUGCCUUUGGUUGCAUGCACUGCAUAUCCUUGCAUCUGUCUACUGUAAUUACAUGUUGAUGCACGUAUUAUGCAUUGCCUGUCAGACCCUGCUGUUAUCUAGCUUGAUCAGUCAGCAUGCCUAGCUUUGUGUACAUGUAGGAGAGAGAGAGAGUAUUAGUAGUUCAGACUGAUGAGAUCAAGUGCUAUAUGUAUAUUGCUUUCCUGGUAUAUGUAAGUAUGUAUAUAUGUUAUGUAUGCUUUUAUGCCAUUCAGUGUAAGCAGUGAAUAUUUGUCACCUGUUUAAUCUGGUAAUUAAAAACCUAUGACUGAUUUUUA